AUGCUUCCAAUUCCACGCCAAACCGUAUGCGGCGGUGGUACCUGGAUCCAACCUCAAUCCGGACUAGCGUCGCCAGGGGCACGUUCCAAUCGGGCAGGACCAGUUUCAAAACAGCUAGCGCGUCAGCCAGGGACACCGCUGAUUGGCUGCGUCGUGGAAGAUGAGAUGAGGAGGCUGAUGGAAGAAAUGAGCCACAUCCGACUUGCAGCCACUGCGCCAACUAACUGCCAUCGUUGCACACAUCCCCCCUGUCUUGGCGCCCAGGCCGCGACGCCCUCGAAGCCACUCGCCCACUUCAAGUGUGACAUUAGACUUUCUUCCUCCUCCUCCUCCUCCUCCUCCUCCUCCUCAGAUCAUCCACCAUCACCACCAUCACCAUCAUCAAUCACCACCAUCAUCACCGCUCCACUGGACGACAAUCGCCCAUCCAUUCCUUUAUCCCCCACCCCACCGCGAGCAAAUCAUUUUUUCUCGUUCGUCGAUGCAGUCCCGCCGCUCCUUUCGGAUUCUCUCCAUCGAUUGACACCACCACCACCACCGCCGCCGCAGCCGCCAGAUGAUCUCUCGCGCCCAAAGGUGAUAUAUCAUAGCUCGGAAUCUUUGUGGGCAAUGGGUUGCUGUACGGGCCGGAAGGAAGAGUACUGGGGCCAUAUGCGAGCAGAGCAAAAAUGGGAAUACAUUAAUCUUCAAGAUUUCAAGUCGAAGACGUGUUUUGCCCAAUUUUCCUAUUUUAUUCUUUGGAUUUCCGUCUUUAUAUCUAUUGCCGUGUAUGGCGUCGACAGCUUCACCGCUGUCAACUUGAUCGCGUUCAAUCGAUGGUCGACCGAGGCCCAACAGUUAAUCCCCCGUUACAUCUCAAAAUGGAUAUUCGCCGGGUGUAUCAUGCUGUCCUUCGUCUUCCUCAUCUACCGAUGGAUUCGUGCGGUCCGUGUCCUCAGACAAGGAGGCGUCGCCCAGAGCUAUCUUGACCCUCUGGCCGCCAGAGUGCAGAGUAUUCGCAUCGGGGAGAAAGGCCAGGGCUGGCGACGUUUCCUGGUGUUUUACGAGCUUACCAAGAGCAAGAAGGGGGCUGAUUAUGUUGCGCUUUUCACCUACUUCAAUUUUGAAUCGUGGAUGCGGACCGUUUUCGCCGAGGGCCCGCGCCAGUUUAUCAAUGGGACGAUCCUGUAUUCCGUCAUGGAAUCCGAUUUGAUCCUCCAAGGAAAGCACGCUGCCCCCGAAGGCACCUCCCCCAUCUCUCAAUUUUUCAGUAAUGUUGGAGCGCUGGCCGAAAAGGAUAAGCGGCAGGCGGUGAUUCUGUCAGCUAUGUUGUUUACCCUCUUGAUUUGGGUGUUCUCCAUCCUCAGUCUCUUCGUGUCGUGCAUCUUAUAUCUUCUUUUCCUGUGGCAUCAUAUCCCGAGCGAGGAUGGCUCCCUUACCGCCUAUUGUCGCCGCAAGAUCAACAGGCGGUUCGAACGAAUAGUCAAGGAGAAGGUCGACAAAGUACUCGCUAAGGAUGUUGUGUUGCAGGAUCGAGGGCCGUCUGACCCUGAACUCGGGACUGGUAGUAUCAAACGACAACCCACGCUCCCUGCCUUCCACCAACCAACCUCCGACAAUUUCCCAGAGAUGCCGCCGCCUCUUUCCCGCCAGACAACUGUGUCAACACUCCCGCCAUACUCUAACUCCUCAACAAGAGGCCCCGGCCCUCAGCGUCAACCCACGUUGCCUAGUUUGCGGCAGGACAACUCAGAUGGGAUUCCAGAAAUGCCAGGCCUCUCGCGUCAGAACACGCAAUAUUCCAGCUCUAUGACACCAGGGCCUACUUCUCGCCGUCAACCAAGCUUGCCAGACUUCAGCUGGUCCGCCUAUGACGAUAUGGCUAUGGAUAGCAACAACCAUGGUUCUCGCGUUUCAGAUGACAACGUACCGUUGGUAAACAACGCCGCGGGAUUUAGCUUUGCCAACCAACACGAUGAUCGGGGCCCUCCAGUCCUACCACCAAUCGAAAGACAAGGGACACCGCCGUCGCUCAUGGUAGGUCCAAGGUUGCACGAUCGCCCAUCACCACUGUCGGACCAAGAAUUCUCCUUCCCACCACCGAUGCCAGCAAUCGGCGGCCGCGCUUCCCCCGUUAAUCGCUCGCAAAUGUCGCCCCCUCCCCCUCGAACAUACUCACCACUCCUGACGCCCGCUAGCAACCGUGGCUAUCAAGGAUUCCCAGCACCCCCUGGUCCCCGGACUCCGGCACCUCGGACGCCUAUCCCACAGCCCCCCGCCCGUGGAAUGACCCCGGGCCUGCCUCCAGUCCGCAAUUUUACUAGUCCCGCCAUUAGUUCUCCUUCCAAUGAGUAUAACAACCGGUCCGCGACCCCUAAUAGCAGACCCCGACCGCCGCGAUCAGGCACCGCACCUCCACAACAUCCGUCGCCCUACGGCGAAUUCUGA